UUGCUUUCACAUUGGAUUGCAGAUAAACAAAAUCAAGAAUAAUUAAGCAAUUCCCCUCGUCACGCACCCACCCAUAAGAGUGUGAUCGACUAAUUAAGAAGAUGGGUGCGUGGCUGAGAAAUGCAAAGCCAUAUUUGUUAUUGCUGGCGGUCCAAUUUGGUUCUGCUGGCAUGUUCAUUUUCGCCAUGGAUGCUAUGAAGAAGGGUAUGAGCCAUUACGUCUUCAUCGUCUACCGUAAUGCCAUCGCCGCCAUAACGCUCUCUCCCUUCGCAUUUGUUCUAGAAAGGAAAAUAAGGCCCAAGAUGAGUGUUAGGGUAUUUGCAGAGAUUAUGGCACUAGCUUUUUUCGAAAUAAUACUUGAUCAAUGUUUCGCCCUCUUGGGGAUGAAAUUAACGUCCGCAUCAUUCCUGUCUGCCGUCAUGAAUGCCGCACCCUCCAUUACUUUUGUCAUGGCUGUUGUGCUGAAAAUGGAGCACAUGAAGAUCAAGGAAGUAGCAUGCCAAGCCAAAAUGAUAGGCACAGCAGUAACAUUCGGAGGAACCUUGCUCAUGGCACUUUACAAAGGUCCCAUAGUUAGUGUUGUGAGAUCAUCAACUUUCCACGCUAGUCAGCCUCAGAAUGUCAACGACGCCACCACCAACCACUGGAUCAUAGGCACGUGCUUCCUCCUCAUUGGUUGUGCAGGCUUUUCUGCAUUUUACAUAUUGCAGGCCAUUACAUUGAGAAAGUACCCAGCAGAGAUGUCCCUGGCCACCUGGGUGUGCUUUGUAGGUGCAAUCCAAAGCUCUGUAGUAGCCUUUUUCGCGGAACGACACCAUACUCAAGCCUGGUCCCUCGGUUGGGAUAUUCGUCUCUUGGCGCCAGCUUAUGCGGGCAUAGUUACAUCAGGAGUUCAAUAUUACAUACAAGGCACUGUCAUAAAAACCAUGGGUCCAGUUAUUGUGACUGCUUUUAAUCCUCUGCGUAUGAUCAUCGUCACGGCCUUGGCUUCCAUCGUCCUCUCUGAGCAACUCUACCUUGGAAGUGUUAUAGGAGCAAUAGUGGUGGUUCUUGGCCUUUACUUUGUUGUGUGGGGAAAAUCUAAAGAAUACAAAACUCGCAACCCACCGUGCCCUGCAAUGGAGAACUCAAAGCACGAGCAACAGAAGCUACCAGUCACAGCACCAAGAAAAGAUAGUGACGAUAAUGAAACUCAAUUUUGUGAUGUAAAGAAUGAUGAGGAGUCCAGAGUGUCAAAAACAGGAUGUCAGCGAAAUUAACAUGGUGUCCGUACAAAUAGUGACACCAAAGUGAGGUCCCUGUCAUGCAUGAAUAUGUUAUUUGUGAAAUUGAAUGGGGGAGAGUGGCAUGACGAUUGAAUUCAUCAUCUGAUUAGUGGUCACUAUGAGCUGCAUCAUUGUUGUUCAGUUGAGAUUUGCUCUUGUUUUUGUCUUGUUAGUAUUCAAUUAGUUAAUUAGAGGGUUUUGAUCAAAGGAAAUAAUUAAAAGUAUUCCAUUUGUGUGGUUUCAAA